AUGUCCUCCAUCAUUGCCCGCUCCGCCUUCCGCGCCGCCCCGCGUGUCCGUCCUACGCCUGCUCUUCGACGAUGGGCCAGCGCCGCCGCUGAGGGCGAGAGACAGGCCGGCAAGGACGCCCUCAAGACCGGAGCGAAGCGCGACCCUGAGCUCUAUGUUCUGUUCGCUAUCAUGAGCGGUGUUUUCGGUCUGGCAGGAUGGCACUUCUCCCGCUCUCCUACCAGUGCUUCUUCGGAACGAGCUGUCGCCAAGGCCGCAGGCAGUGAGCCUUGGAAGCAGGAUGGUGGUGUAGGCCCAUACCAGUACCACCCCGGAGGUGACACCAGCGUCAAGAAGGAUGCGCCUUCUGCGCUUAACGUGGUCGUCAUUCCCAACGUCACUCUCCCCAAGGAACUCCAUGACACAUACAACAAGUGGGGCAAGGACGGCUACUAG